AUGUACACACGCAAUCUUCUCAGCGUACUCCCCUUCAUAACCUCCUCACACGCUCUCAAGCUCAUCAUCUCCUCGUAUGGUCCCCAGCCAUAUGGCUCACCAGGAACUAUCAGUACCCUCGUUCACACCAACGGCACCAGCAGCUUGGAAGUGACCCAAAAGAACCAAGACUGCGGUUCGCAGUCCAGCUGGCUCGAGGUUUCUCCGGACAAGACCAAGGUGCUAUGCGUGGAUGAAUUCAACCCAACGGGAAGCAUAACGAUGCUUUCCCUCGACAGCGAGGGAAAGCUAACGAAGCUGUCCAACGCGAGUACGCUCGGCGGACCGGUCUCGAGCGCUUUCUUCGGCAAGGACGAUAGCUCUAUUGCUUUGGCUCAUAUCGCCAACGCCUCGGUCCCAGCGCGCCAGGACACCGCGCAUGUCCACCAAGCCCCUCCGCGACCCCUUUGGCCAAUACGUCCUUCUUCCCGGAUUCUCGGCGCCGACCUCGUGCGCAUCUACGGCGUUGGCCUGGCCAACAAGUCCCUCACCGAGCAACCGCCCCUCAAAGCCAAGGCUGGCUACGGCCCGCGCCACGCCGUCUUCUGGCAGCCUGACGGCAAGCCCUGGGACACGAAGCUCUUCCUGCUCCACGAGCUCAGCAACAAGAUCGUCUCCUACAACGUCACGUAUCCCGAAUGCGGUGGUCUGGAAUUCGCCGAAGUAGGCGAGUUCAGCAUGUUUGGCGACAAGGAGCCGCCCGCGGGCGCCGGCGCCGCUGAGAUCUUGACCUCGCCAGACAACAAGUUCAUCAUUGCGUCGAACCGGCUGGCGCCGAUGUUCACGGUGCCGAAUGCGGAUCCGAAGAACGAGACGAAGAUCCAGAGCGAUUCCAUCAUCACGUUCAAGCCGCUCGAGUCGGGCCAGUUGGAGUUUGUGGAGAUUGUCGCGAGCGGCGGGAUGAAGCCCAGGCAUUUCAACUUGAAUACCAAGGGCGAUAAGAUUGCGGUUGCGAACGGUUUGUCGGAGAACGUUGUCGUGUAUCAGCGUGAUGUUGAGACGGGCAAGAUUGGCUCGGACCCGAUCGCGAGUGGGUUUGGACUCGGUGACGUGACGAAUGUGCGAUUUUUAGACGAGUAG